AUGGUAACAGAUAAUGGGCCGCAGUAUUCCAAUGCACAUUUUGCCAAGUUUACUCGUGAAUGGGAAUUUCAGCACACUACAAGUUCACCAUUACAUAGCCAAAGCAAUGGAAAAGCCGAGUCUUUUGUCAAAAUUGCAAAGAAUCUAGUAAAGAGGGCAAAGCGAGGUAACAAAGACCUCCAGAUGUCCUUGCUCGAGUGGCGCAACACACCUGACAGUAAUGGACCGGGCCCAGUCCAAAAAUUGAUGUCUCGAAGGACUAGGACUACCAUUCCAACAAAUGUAGCAUUGCUGAGGCCAGAGGUCAUAGAUGACAAACAUGCAAACAUGCAAAAUCAUUGCCCGAGCUCCAAGUGGGAGAACCAGUAA